GAACCAGGAGGCCGACUUUUGCCAUCUUGGCAUGCCAUGGAUGACGUUGCACAUCAGUCGAGGUUUCUUGACCAGUGAAAAUCGAGCAAUUACUUCCCUUACCGCAGUCACGUCACAUGCUCCCGCGUUAGGCAGGCGCGUCAGCCUGGAGCUCGUCGCGCUGCACCAUCUUCCCGUGUCUGUCAACACUCCAUCACAAAGAAGAUCAACUCUCUUGUGACGCGAGUUGGCACAUCCAUUGACUGGCCCCGAAUCUGCACGCAGAAAUAAAACAAUGGCCUGGGGAGGCGACGAUGACAGACAUCCGGAGACGGACGAGGGCGAGGAGGAGUUGGAUGAGACGGACUACAAAACCCAAAAGGAUGCCGUGUUGUUUGCGAUUGAUGUUAGCGCAUCAAUGCUCCAGCAGCCCCAGCAGCCGCCAGCUAGCGACAAAAAGACAGACGCGGACUCGGCUAUUGCUGCAGCGCUGAAAUGCGCUUAUCAAUUCAUGCAACAGCGCAUUAUUACCCAACCGAAGGAUAUGAUGGGCAUUCUCUUCUUCGGAACUGAGAAGUCUAAAUUCCGUGAUGAAGCCGGGGGCCGCAGCGUAUCCGGGUAUCCCCACUGCUACCUAUUCACCGAUCUUGACGUACCGGCCGCCGAAGAUGUCAAGAGACUGAAAGCACUAGUAGAGGAGGGAGAGGACGCCGAUGAGGUGCUCGUCCCAUCCGAAGAGCCCGCCUCCAUGGCCAACGUGCUCUUCUGCGCCAACCAAGUCUUUACCACCAAUGCGGCGAACUUUGGGUCUCGGCGCCUGUUCAUCAUCACGGAUAGAGAUGAUCCACAUAGCAACGACAAAAAUGCGAAGUCGUCCGCAGCUGUGCGUGCCAAAGAUCUCUAUGAUCUCGGCGUCGUCAUUGAGCUGUUUCCCAUUAGCCACGCGGAGAAGUCCUUCGAUGUGUCCAAAUUCUACGAUGAUAUCAUUUACCGCGACCCAGCCGCCGAACCGGGUUCUCCGGACGAGGUCAAAACUUCCAAAGCAGGCGACGGUUUCUCCCUCCUGAACUCAUUGAUCUCCAACGUCAACUCCAGACAAACUCCGAAACGGGCGUAUUUUUCCAACCUACAUUUCGAGCUUGCCCCAGGCGUUACGAUCUCCGUCAAUGGUUACAUACCUCUUCACAGGCAAGUCCCCGCGCGGACGUGCUGGGUUUGGACCGGCGGCGAGAAAGCCCAACUCGCGCAAUCCGAGACCAUAAAGGUGGACUCGACCACAAGAACGGUUAACAAAUCCGAGGUAAAAAAGGCGUACAAGUUUGGCGGCGAGUACAUCUACUUCAAGCCCGAGGAAGCAGCUUCUCUGAGGCAUCUUGGGGACAAGGGGCUUCGUCUCAUUGGCUCCAAGCCACGGUCCAUGCUGCCGAUGUGGGCCUCGGUGAAGAAAUCCACCUUCAUCUUUCCCAGCGAGGAGCACUAUGUCGGCUCAAGCCGCGUAUUCUCUGCGCUGUGGCAGAAACUGCUCGAGUCGGACAAGGUUGGGAUCGCAUGGUUCGUCGCUCGUGUGAACGCCAAUCCCAUGAUGGUGGCCAUCAUCCCCUCGAGAAACCCGGAUGACGAGGCGUCGGAGACCCCAUAUCUCCCGGCAGGGCUCUGGCUGUACCCGCUGCCGUUCGCCGACGACGUCAGAAACGUGGAUUUGUCUGCACCACCGCGGCCUGCAGACGAGCUCACGGACAAGAUGAGAGAGAUUGUGCAGAAUCUCCAGCUACCGAAGGCCAUGUACAACCCCCUCAAGUAUCCCAAUCCCUCGUUGCAAUGGCAUUACAGAAUCCUACAGGCGAUGGCACUCGAGGAGGAUGUCCCAGACAAGCCGGAUGACGCAACGAUCCCGAAGUACAGGCAGAUCCACAAGAGGGUUGACGGAUACCUGGCAGAGUGGAAGGAGGUACUUGCCCAGAAGGCCCAAGGUCUCAUGGAGAGCAGAGCGGUGAAGCGGGAGCUUGACGAAGAGGACGAUGAACGGCCGACCAAGCGUGCCAAGCCGACCACGAAGGCGGCAACUGGAAGUGCGAUGAGCAAUGCAGAGCUCAAAGCUGCGUAUGAGAAGGACACCCUCAAGAAGAUGACGGUUGUUGAGCUGAGGGACGUAUUGGCUAGCAAGGGGGUCAGUGCGAUCGGCAAGAAAGCCGAGCUGGUGGAGAAGCUGGGGCAGUGGAUUGAAGAGAAUGUGUGAUCAGCGUAUCUGUAAUACUAUGAAUUUGUGCAUGUUUGUAAUAAUCUUUUGGAGUCUUAUUAGGGGCAUUUCGUGCUUGGGAAAAUUGCUGGCACCACAAAUGUGUAAUGACCUGGAAUAUUUGCAAACCUCGCCUGUCACGACUUUACUCAGUCUGGUGAACUGAGUAUCUGAAUAUACCAUCGCAGGCGGUGUUCCGAGGCGCCUGAUGCG